UGGUUUCGCCUCUCCUCCGUUUGAGCUUUAGUCCGAGUUUUGGCAGUGGGUGGAGCUCCAAACUUAAUGAGAGACCAAAAGCUUGUAUUCUGCAAGAUGAGUAUCACAUGGCUUUGGGAAGAAAGGAAGACACGAAGAGGCAGGGAGAAAUGAAAGGGUCUGUCUCAAUGCAUAAUAUUCCAACUAAUGUUUCUGAAAUAAUUCAAGACUACAGGCUUCCACCCUUGGUUGGUGCUUUAAAAGCCUCAGCUGCCGAAAAUGCUGCUAGUUUUCACUUUCCGGGACAUAAUAGAGGGCAAGCAGCACCAUCAUCGUUCAGCGAGCUCAUUGGUAAACAACCAUAUCUUCAUGAUUUACCUGAGCUCCCAGAGCUUGACAACCUCUUUACUCCAGAAGGACCCAUUUUAGAAGCACAAAAACAAGCAGCUGAACUUUUUGGAGCAUCAGAGACAUGGUUCCUUGUUGGGGGUAGUACAUGUGGAAUCCAUGCAGCUAUUAUGGCCACUUGUUCACCUGGAGACAAUAUCAUUCUUCCACGUAACUGUCAUAUUUCAGCCAUAUCUGGGAUGAUAUUGUCCGGUGUACAGCCAAAGUACAUCUUGCCUGAUUAUGAUGCUGAUUGGGAUAUUCCUGGUGGCAUCACUCCAUCACAGGUGGAAAAAGCAAUAGAGGAACUGGAAAUGAAAGGUCAAAGAGCCGGUGCAGUUCUUAUAGUAUCUCCUACUUACCAUGGCAUUUGCAGCAAUGUGACUGAAAUAUCUAAGCUAUGCCAUUCUCACGGGAUCCCUCUGAUUGUUGAUGAGGCUCAUGGUGCACACUUCGGAUUUCAUGAGCUAUUGCCCGACUCAGCUCUCUGUCAAGGCGCCGAUCUUGUGGUACAGUCUACUCACAAAGUUUUGUGCUCUCUGACACAGUCGUCAAUGUUACACAGGUCAGGAGAUCUUAUUGACAGCAAUAGAAUAUGCAGAUGCCUUCAAAUGCUUCAAAGUAGUAGCCCUAGUUAUCUUCUUUUAGCAUCAUUGGAUGCUGCUAGGGCUCAAGUUAGUGAAAAUAAAGACAUUAUUUUCCACAACGCUAUUGAGUUAGCCAUGGAAGCAAGAAGUAGAAUGAGUAAAAUUCGCAACGUCUCAGUCCUUGACAUUGCUAGCUUUCCUCACUUUCCUGCUAUGGAUCCGUUGAGAGUCACAAUUGGCACAAAACAGCUUGGUCUCUCUGGUUUUGAGGCUGAUGAUAUUUUAAGCAAGGAUUUUGGGGUUGUUUCUGAACUUGUUGGGACACGAUCUAUCACUCUAGCAUUUAACCUAGGGACUCAAAGAGAACAUGUCUUGAGGUUUAUAUCAGGACUGAAGCACCUAUCUGCAAUAUCAGCAGCUUCUAAUUGCACAAAUUACAGUGAGAAUCCUGACCAUGUCAUGCCCUUUGAUGAUUUCAGCAUGAGAUUAAGCCCAAGAGAGGCUUUCUUUGCUCAAAAAACAAAAGUUGGCAUAAAAGAUAGCAUUGGCCAAAUAUGCGGUGAACUAAUAUGUCCUUAUCCGCCAGGGAUACCAUUACUUAUCCCUGGUGAAGUGAUCUCCGGAGGAGCAUUGGCUUAUAUGCUGCAGGUCAGAGACAAAGGUGUUGUCAUCAGUGGAGCUUCUGAUCAUCUUCUUUGUUCCCUUCUAGUGUGCAAUGUCUAGGUGAUAGAAAUGGCAUAUGUGCAUGAAAAUUAUGGGCAAUCCCAAGAUCGUUGUUCUGCCACAAACUCUACUGGAGCAAAAAAUCUUGACCUCCAGGAGCAAAGUGGGUUGUUACAUGUAAGAUGAUGCUACGGUAGCAGCACAUUGACCAGAGACCAAGAGAAGUGAUACCGUGGCAAUGGCAGUUGCUGAUAGAGAUGCAUUAUCUCAGUCGUCUGAUAUUCUAAGCAUGAUGGUUCUCUCCAUCAUCCCAUUGGGGAGUUAAGGUGAGGAGAUUGGGUGGGCAGGCGCCUAGCUUCCUAAUAAUUCUGUGAAGCUUCCAGCACUCUCAAUUUCUCAAACUGACUCAAAGUGGAAAAGGUCCGCAUAUGGGAUUCUGUUAUAUAAGCUCCCCAUUGUACUCAUUCUGAAUUUUAUGAUGAUCACUGUGCUGGGUGAAUGUCUUCUCUUUACUAGUCUCACUCUAUAAUUGUUAUUUCUGCGGCCAUAGAGUAACAUGGUUUGUCCAGGUUAUCUACCUAUUCACUUC